GUACGGUCCCCUCUACUCUAAAAGAUCGCCUAGGACUCGGGCUCAGCGGAUAUACAGAUUGGCUUACCCUCAUGCGGGACUUAGUCACGCUGGAGGCACAAGACCUCCCGGGUGGAUCAAGUGGCAAAAAGGCCACCAACCGCAAACGGUUUCCAGGCAGCAAUUGUUUUGCAGCACACGAUCUGCUUGAGGCUGACGAGGAGACCCUCGUGGAUGAAUCUUCUCUUGAUAACGAUCAAGAGCAAGACUGCGGGGCAUCUUGCUCUUUGUCAGCCCAUGAGUCUGAGUAUGUAAAUGACGAAGAAUCUAUGAAUGCAUUUAAGAAGACUGCCUUUAAAAAUCCCAAGCUUACAUUCGUAGUAACUACGGGUGCGAGUUUGUAUGGGAUUGGUGCGGUGCUGCAGCAAGACGAUGGUGAUGGCUUAGGUCCGCUUGAAUAUUACAGCAAACGCAUGCCCAGUCACAAGGUAGCCGCUUCCACCUACAUGAGAGAGCUCUAUGCCUUGAGAGAGGCACUAGACCACUGGAAACACUACCUCUUGGGUCGCCAUUUCAAAGUGUUCUCAGACCAUGAGACUUUGAAAUGGAUUCAGAUACAGGUUAACCCAUCAACCACAUUGACCCGAUGGCUGCAUGAGAUUGAUGUGUAUGAUUUUGAACUCAAACACAAGAAAGACUGCUAUAAUCGUGUUGCGGAUGCUUUGUCUCGCCACCCCGAGUAUAUGACUUGCCUUGUGGGUUCCUACGACCUGCUUAAAGAUCUGAAGGAGGAACUCAUCGAGCAUACUGCCAAAGACCCGGAACUCAGUCCCAUCCUUGACCAGAUUCGGGCUGACCCUAGCAGUCAGCCUGAUUUCCAUGAACGUAAGGGCUUUCUCUUCCGACGUUACGGGAAGCAUGACCGAUUGUGUGUACCCAACCAUGAGCCAAUCACGACUCACUUCUUGGAUUUGGCUCAUGUCCAGAGUGGACACUUCGGUGUUGAGAAGACGUAUGGGAAUCUGUUGGAAAAGUUUGUGUGGCCUGGAAUGAAAAGAAUGGCGCAAAGGUUUGUGGCUGAAUGUGAAGUUUGUCAAUGCAUCAAACCGUCUCGACAGAAGCCCUAUGGGCUGCUGCACCCUCUUCCUAUCCCUGAUGGCCCGGGUGAGUCUGUUUCCAUUGACUUCACGGACAUGGGGAAGAAGAGCAGAAACAGUUAUUCACAAUUAAUGGUGAUCGUUGAUCGGUUCUCGAAAUUUCUGAAUUUGAUUCCCUUGCCACGUCACGCCCCAACUGACCUUGUGAUCGAUGAAUUCAACAAAAGGUACAUUCUACAUUAUGGCCCCCUGAAAACUCUUGUGAGUGAUCGGGACACCAGGUUCAUAAGUGCGGACUGGAAAGAUUUCACCUCCCAGACCUACGAUAUGAAACUCAAGAUGACGUCUGGGCGACAUCCCGAAGCCAAUGGACUGGCUGAGGAAAUCAACCAGACCGUGAUCCAACUUCUCAGGGCUCUAAUUGUACCUGAUCAGAACUCUUGGGAUGAGGAGUUGCCGAUUGUGCAGGGGUUGUACAACAACUCCAUCCCAUCCUCUCCAGGGAUGACGCCUAACCGGCUGCAUCUUGGAUGGAAAAUCCGCAAUCCUCUAUCUUAUCUGUUCCCAGAUCAGCCACCUGGCCUAACACCUGGCCAGCCAGGCUACAACGCUAAGUUUGAUCGCCUUCUCAAAGUUGCUGUCGCAGCUAUGGAGAGGCGACGUAGUGCCAUGAUUAAGCAUGCUAACAAAAAGCGCCAGCCUGCACCAUUUACAGUGGGAAGUUAUGUCUGGGUCAAAAUGUCUGAGUUUUCUGAAGAAGAAGGUGUGUCACGAAAGCUUCUUCCUCAGUACUACGGUCCGUGGAAGGUAUUGAACCAGGUAGCGAGUGAUUCCGUUGGCCCUUCGUAUACGAUCGAUGUGCCUGCUCAUCUGCGCACAUAUCCAGUCUUUCACGCAUCGAAGUUGUUUCCGUAUGAAUCACCUGAAACAUUCAAGUAUUGAGAAUCAAUGAUUCCCUGCGCA